GUGUUUACCAAUAACAACGACCUAUAUUCUGGCAAGAUAUGGCCGACGAAAAUUGCACCGCAAAGAAGCAAAAGUCUCCAGACUGGCCCGAACCAGCCGUCAUUGCAUUAAAUGCACUGGUUCGAGACAGCUGGGGAUUGCUUUUUGGCGAAUACGAAGGCACGGGCGCCGAAAAAGUUCCCGUGAUGCGGCGUAGAGUAUGGGACACCAUAGCUCAAAGAAUAUCGGUCGAAUUUGGAGUACAGCGAACAUGGGAGCAGUGCCGGAAGAAGUUUCAGAAUGCCAAAACUAUAUGCAUGUCUGACAAGUGCGAGGAGCUGCACAGGGCCAUCCAGGUGGGGCUAGUAUCGGAAGUGCGCCACCUAGUUGCCGGUGGUGCCGACAUGGACCGGGUGCUGGGGAUGCGAGGGACGGCUCUCUGUGCCGCUAUUGAGGCUCAAAAUUAUGACAUCACCAAGCUGCUCUUAGACGCCGGAUGUGACGUAAACGCUCAUGACUUUGAUGGAGAGCCGCCGAUUUUUCUCGCUAUCCGGAAAGCACUGCCAGUUUUUCACAAGAAAGCAAAUGCAUCACCUGCUUUACAGUUAAACGCUGUUGAAACGGGGUCAGUGUCUUUGGUUGAUUUAAUUGUCAAUCACGAAAAAUGUAACUUGAACAAAGUAGAUCCGAUAACAAAGCAGACUGCGCUCCAUUUGUCAGUAAGUGAAAAACUUGAGACACUAGUUGUCAUGCUUAUGACGUCACAAUCCAGCAUUCCGUGUGAUGUUGGAAUAAAAAACGGAGAGGGCGAGACGGCUCUACAUCUCGCGGCUUCUACAGGCAAUACCGGUUUACUAGAAGCUCUGUUGCAGAGCGACUCGUGUUUGAGUGACGUAUUUACUGGCUGCUUACAGUCCUUUCGUUGCUACCCAUAUAACACAGCCGGCUUGACAGCGCUUCACGUGACCUGCAAACACGGCCAGCUGGCUUCUUUAAAGCUUCUCGUGGAGCGGCUAAAAAGUUUGUCGGCACCGAAUAGUUCUUUAGAUGGGGCACUUAAUGGGGUUUCGAAGAGAGAUAAUGAUGUAUUGGCACAGAAUCUAAAUGUAUCGACGCGGUAUGAACGUAAGACGUGUCUGCAUCUCGCUGCACGUGAAGGACAUGUGCAGAUUGUGGGUUACUUAAUGCAGUAUCAAGUAGACGUAGACAGGUGUGACGCGAUGGGGAACUCGCCAUUAUUUCUAUUUCUCGUCUCGGAAGCCCAGUGGAUUUGCGCCGAUAACAGCAUUCCUGAGUUACUAAUGAGACACGGCGCUAAUCCAAACAAAGCGUUGCUAAGUUUUAGGGGUGACGCUGUCUUGAUGCAACAAUUCGUUGGUGCUAUUUUCGACAAGGGUGGUGACUUGGUGGUCGAAAGAGCUUGUAAAACGGUACUGCACGAGUCUUUCCAUAAUAAGAAUCUUCUUCUAAUGAACGCAGUUUUAGAGCGGAUAGGUAUAUACGAUGCUAACCGCGUUUGCAAAGAUACCAAUGUGCUAACUAUGGAAGAUAUGUUUGUGGAAGCGGUUCAGUGUGGAUGGCUUCCAAUGGUAAGAGUACUGCUUAGUCAUGGCGUAGACAUUGAUACUAAAAAAGAUGAAACCUAUAGACUUGUAAGCUGUCUUAAGGUUGCUCUUAGGGCCCGUAAAACACACGUUGCAAAAUACCUUGUUGACAAUGGUUGUAGUUUAGAACUUGAAAAGGUGGUUGACAUUGGGGUUGAUAUGGCAGCCUUGUUUUCGAGACGUCAUCAUCACAAGGUUUUGGGCAGAGUCAGUCAGGUUUCUCAUUUUAGCGGAGGUAUGUUAAAAAUGGAUUGUCAAAUCCCUCGAUCGCUUAAAUUGUUGUGUCUAUGUUGUAUAAGAAAGCGUCUGAUUGCAAACGAAGUGCCGUUUUCGAAAGUCCACCUCCUGCCGUUACCACUCCAACUACAAAAAAGCAUUCGAUAUCGAUGACGUUAAGAAGGAAAACGGUUUAGCUGUAAACUUUCAUCAUCAGAUCAAGGCUUAACAAUAAAUAUCUUUAAAAGAAUAUACGGCGUUGAUUGUGAUUGGUAAUGAUGAAAGAUCAAAAGUUAUAUCAGUGCAAUCAAAGAAAGCGAAUGCCCUUUUCUGCGCAGUUCUUAGCUGCAUCACACGCAUUUCCAUUGCGCCAGAUUUCGUGGCUUAUUUCGCUUUAUGAGAUAUUAUAAAUCGGGGUUUGAAUGGUUGUAGAAAGAGAUUUGAUGUAAUGAAUUAUAUAUAUAUAUAUAUAUAUAUAUAUAUAUAUAUAUAUAUAUAUAUAUAUAUAUAUAUAUAAAGCUUAAUGCUGAUAUCUAUUGUUUACAUUUAUGUGCACUGGAAUGCACAAACGGAAAAAUAUGUAUACUCACAAUACGGUGGGGAUUGCUUCAUUAGUUUUGGGUCAACUUAUUCGAGAGGUGUUGUUAUGCUUGAUCCACUGUUGGAUUAUAUUAAUUAUAAACAUUUAAAUAGUAAUAGGAAAGCUACAGACUUGUUAUUGGGGGAAAUAGUUUAAAGGGAAUUGAAGGACAUAUUUUGAUUUAUAAACGGUGAGAAAAACAACAACAUGGAGACGUACUAACCCAUUGCAAAAUUUAUUACAAUUAUCUUAAAACGUGUCAAAAAUAGCCACCUGGCAAACACCUAAAUAAAAAUAAAAAUAAAAUCAACAAAAGUGCAUAUGUUAUGUAUUAUCACAAUUUUUGGUACCUGUUUAUUUGUUCAGGUUGUCACAUAUGUUUGCACUUUCUCAAACAUGACAUGGCCCACAGCCUGGGCAUUUAUAUGUAUAUAUAUAUUUAUAAACUCAUAUCACAUAUGUAUGUGCUGAGUACUAAUAAACUGUU